GGUUAUCGCCGUCCUCCCCCAGGUUGCGGACUUCUGGUAGUGGGCGAACUCUUCCUGGAAGGUCACGAAACAGUGUUUGGCGAAAUUCUUCAUCCUCAAUUUUGCCGCAGUCAGCCUGGCCUCGCUCUGUCAACCGUGCUUGUUGUCGAUGUUGAGAGCAGUCACUGGUCUUUUUCUUCUCUUUUUCUGCAACUCAUUCCUUUCGACAUGGCAACACGGAAAGUAGCAUUAACCUUGUUCUCAUCUAGCACCUGUUCGCUAUGCACCACAGCUAAGGACGCAAUCCUCAAUGUACAGAAACAGGUCCCGUUCACGCUCUCAGUAGUUGAUAUUCACAAAAACGAGUGCCCCAAGGAGUUUGCCGAAAAAUAUAUGUUUGAUAUCCCCGUUGUUCAUUUGAAUGAUCACUUUUUGACUAUGCAUCGCGUUCCUGAAGACCAGCUUCUUAAGGCUAUUCAAAAAUUCCAAAACACUGGUAAAAUAGAAAAGAUAUAGAAAGCUCAUGUAAUUUUCUGCGGGUUGCAUAACUGUCAAAUAAAGUUAUUACAUAGACCACCAUAAUAAACAUAGGAAAUGGCGAUAUCUCUAAACUGCC